CGGCAAAAAAAAAAAAAAGACGAAAUACGGCAUUUAAUUAAUUGGUUAAUGAAAAUCAUAAAUACCACAAAAAAUCUUUACUUCCCCUCUUUUUCACGUCAAAGAAGAAACGACCGACUCGACUGAGAAAAACAGAUACCCAAAUCCACGCUUUCACUUCCCUUCCCUUUCUUCCUCUUCUUUUUUGGGCCUGAAUUGGGGGAGCGCGGACGGAGAAAUUGGGGUGGGAAUUUCUUGAUUGCAGAAAGAUAGAUGUCGCAACCACGCCGGUCGUCGUUUUCUGCAUCCACAACGUCGUCUUUGGCGAAGCGGCAUGCUUCGUCGGAGAAUGCAGGGAAGACGGCGGUGGUUGCCGCCUCCGCUGCUCCUGCUUCGCACUUGGCCAGGAAACGGGCGCCUCUUGGCGAUAUCACUAACAAUUCGAGAAAUGCGGCCCAGAAAGGCUCAAGAACCUCUCUCCCGUCGUCGACUCUGGGUCAGAGCGCUGCUAAAAUUGCCAAAUUCAAGAAAGGUCCAACUCCUGCUUCCAAUAACAGCAACAGCCACGGCAACACUGCCUUGCCUGGAAGUUUCAUACCGGCAGUGGUGAAACCGACUGAGAUUGAGGUCAAAUCUGCACGAAUAAGCCAUGAACUUGUCUCGAGCAUUGUCGAGCCUCCUGCUUCUUGUGAGACGAAUGUGUCUCCAACUAAAACAGAUGAAGCGUCAAUGUCCUUGGAUGAAACCAUGUCCACCUGUGAUUCCUUCAAGAGCCCUGAUGUUGAGUACUUGGACAACAAUGACUUGCAUGAGAUUGAUUCUAUCAACAAGAAGGCAUUGAACAAGCUCUAUAUUACUGAUAACGAAGUAGCAGCAGAAAAUGCGUGUAACAGAGAUGGAUUUGGUGUCAUUGAUAUGGAUACAGAUGACAAGGUUCUAAACCUGGAUACCAAUUUUGAGGAUCCUCAGCUUUGUGCCACUAUUGCUUGUGAUAUAUACAAGCACUUGCGAGCUUCUGAGACUAAGAAAAGACCAGCAACAGAUUUCAUGGAAAAAACUCAGAAGGAUAUAAAUGCCAGUAUGCGUGCUAUAUUGAUAGAUUGGCUUGUGGAGGUUGCAGAAGAGUACAGACUUGUGCCAGAUACCUUGUAUCUAACCGUUAACUACAUUGAUCGAUAUCUCUCCGGCAAUGUGAUGAACAAACAGAGAUUGCAAUUGCUUGGUGUUGCCUCCAUGAUGAUUGCUGCAAAAUAUGAGGAAAUAUGUGCUCCCCAGGUAGAGGAGUUCUGCUACAUUACAGACAAUACAUACUUCAAGGAUGAGGUUUUAGAAAUGGAAUCUGCAGUUUUGAAUUACUUGAAGUUUGAAAUGACAGCCCCAACAGCCAAAUGUUUCUUAAGACGAUUUGUGAGAGCUGCUCAAGGAAUCGAUGAGGUACCAUCAAUGCAGUUGGAAUGCUUAGCAAAUUACAUCAGUGAACUAUCUCUGCUGGAGUACAACAUGCUUUGCUACCCUCCAUCAGUUGUUGCAGCUUCUGCCAUUUUCUUGGCCAAGUUCAUACUUUUCCCUUCAAAGAGACCAUGGAAUUCCACGUUGCAACAUUACACACUCUAUCAGCCUAGUGAUCUACACGACUGCGUAAAGGAUCUUCACCGCCUGUGUUGCAGCACUUACGACUCCACGUUACCUGCUAUCAGAGAAAAGUACAGCCAGCAUAAGUACAAGUUUGUAGCCAAGAAAUUCUGCCCUCCUCAAGUACCAGAGGAAUACUUCCACAAGCAAAGCUCAUAGGUAGACGGACGAACAGAGUAUUGAUCUGAUCUCGAUUACUAACUCAUCUCAUCAACCAAGCAGCAAUGGCAGUAUUCAUUCAGACAAACCAGAAAAUGGCUUGUGAGGGAGUAAAAAAUCUUCAACAGCGAUUCCAUCAUCUAUCUUGAGCAGUCUUCUCUACUAGUGAUGGCAGUAUCUUUCCAAUUCUCCGUUGGAAGAAGCUCUUCUUUCUGUCCAUCUGCCCCCUGUAUGUUUGAUUGUAGUUUAGCAGUAACAAAUGGUAUUAGCAGUUGAUGUAGCAGUUGUGGCCUCAGCUCUUUGUAUGAUAUCUCCUCCAUCUCCCAUGCUAUUUGACCAUUUGUUUGUAUCUUUUGUAGAUCAGAAUUUUUCCUUUGGACAAAUAAUCAAGUUUAUGUGAGUGCAGAAAUUCCAUUGGGAGAUCAAAUCAGAAAUUUUCCUUUUGACCAUUUUUCUGUCGAUUUCAUUGGGAGAAAUCAGUGAAGCUAAGUAGUCAUAUAAUAGUAAAACUCUAUAAAAAUAUUAUUAAGGU